GCUCUGUAUCAGUCUAUACAGCCCUGAGUAAAAGAUGCACGCUUGCACUUCAAUGAGAACGACGAAAAAUAGUUUGUGGUAGGACUGCGGAAGGGGAAUGGCGAGGUUGAGGGUGUAGCAGAGAUGUUAACGAGAUGGAGUAUUUAGUGGGCGGGGGGAGGGGUAAGUUGCUUACCCAUAUUAUUGCCAGCCACAAAGAUGGAUCACUACUUCAACUGUUGUCGCUGCUGUUGAUUUGACUCCGGUUUUGUAAACUACAUUUUUGAGAGUGGGGUGGGUUGAGUAUGAAAACACGCCACAAGAUCGCGUAUUCGUUUAACGCGUUGCUUCAUUGCUUGCCGAUCAUCAGAUCGUGAAUAGUAAGCCGUAGUAACUUGUGAAUGUCGUGAUCAGUUUCUAUUUCAAGUUGCCUCGGACUAUGUGUUUACUGAUCAAGCAACGGAAAGUCAUUUUUGCACGAUUAAGAAUUAACGUAUGAUGGUUGACGCUUGCUUGUCUCAUUAAAUGUCUAUUAUACUUAAGAACUGAAGUUGAGAUUCUACAUUACAACAUUAAAAUCACUGAACCAAUCUAAGUGAUAUAAUGCGUGUGAAGAACUGGAUAGAGGUCACCCAAAGAAUAAAAAUUAAUAUUGAAUAUAUUAAAAUUAUUAUAAAAAUACUUAAGAAAUGAGAUUAUCAAAUGAGUAAAUGAGAAAACGUUAAAUGAGUAUAACAGUGUCUUUAUUAAUUCAUUAAACAAAAAAAUGACUGUGUCAUACACUGCAGAAGUCGCUACAUGCAGAGGCUUUGGCUGUUUUCUAAAACUAUUAUUGAGAUGGAAAGCAAGUGUUUAUAAAUUAAUAUGGAUAGAUAUGUUACUCUUUCUUACGAUUUAUUACUCACUAUCAGGAAUAUAUCGUUUGGUUCUCGAUGAGGAACAAAAAAGAAUUUUUGAAAAAGUUGUAGAAUUUUGUCGAAGACACACAUCUUCAAGUCCUCUUUCUUUUGUAUUAGGUUUUUAUGUAACAAUAGUAAUGAAUAGAUGGUGGAAUCAAUAUAUAAUGAUUCCAUGGCCAGAUUCUAUAGCUGUUUUUGUUUCUGCCACGAUUCACGGAAACGAUGAACGAGGAAGACUUAUGCGACGAACCAUUGUUAGGUACGUUUGUGUGUGCCUCACUUUGGUUUUGGCUAAUGUAUCGCCUCGCGUAAAAAAACGUUUUCCAACGUUGGAGCAUUACGUAGAUGCAGGUUUGUUGCUGGAAAAUGAAUUAGCUAUUUUUCAUAGUUUGAACAGUAAAUUUCCAAAGCCAAGUAAACAUUGGUUACCAAUAGUCUGGGCAUCAAGUAUUGUAACGCGAGCACGAAAAGAAGGUCGGAUACGCGACGAUUUUGCCGUUAAAACGUUAAUAGAUGAACUCAACAAGUUUCGGGGAUCAUGCGGUGGCCUUGUACAUUACGAUACAAUUAGCAUACCUCUCGUGUAUACACAAGUAGUUACUAUUGCUGUUUAUACCUACUUUCUCACCAAUGUUAUUGGACAACAGUGGAUAUUGGAAGAAUCCAAAACCGUUGAUAUUUAUUUUCCAGUGUUUACGACACUCGAAAUGUUUUUUUAUAUGGGUUGGCUCAAAGUUGCUGAGACACUUAUUAACCCUUUUGGCGAAGAUGAUGAUGAUUUUGAAGUCAAUUGGAUCGUUGAUCGAAAUCUUCAGGUGAGUUAUCUCAUUGUCGACGAAAUGCAUCAUGAACAUCCGGAACUAAUAAGAGAUCAAUAUUGGGAUGAAGUAUUUCCAACAGAAUUACCUUACACAGCAGCGGCUCAACCUUUCAGAGAAGAGCAUCCGGAACCAUCCACUGCUGGUAUUCAACUUUCGGCUGCACAACAAGAAUUACAGCCUUCAUCUAUAAGAAUUGACGAAAUAGAAAAAGAAUAUCAGCAAAAAUAUCAAAAUGACAUGAAUGAUGAUGCGAUUUCGGGAAUUCAUUUUGUUGCAAAUGGCGGUAAAAUAUCAAGGAGUGGAAGUCGAGUAAGUAAUCGUGAUAGGAAUAUGAGUAGUGGUUCAACUCCAAGUAAUAUUGGAGGUUCACUUACAAGAAUAAAUAGUGUGACUAAUGUACUUAAAAGAAUAUUCAGCAAAGAAGACAGGCCAGAUGGAAGUGGUUCAAAAACACCUGGAAGACUUCCCAAUUCGACUUCGGCUACAUCUUUAAAAGCUCCAGGAGGAGUUGGUUCUACGAGAAUAGACGUAAUUGAAGAAGUAGACGAGCAAAUGACAAUGACAUCGAUGCGACCAGAAAGCCGUCCACAUAUACAAAAUAUAUUUCCUCAGGGGCCACCACCCGCAAGUGCUCCGGUUGAUGUUCCUGGAUCAGUGUCUACGACACACAAUGGUGAUAUUUUUUCUACUAGUGCUCCAAUACAUGGUUUAAGCGUUUCAAUAGAUAAUGUUGGUAUCUCACCAAAUGCUGCUUCAGUACGAUAUGGUACAAGAACGCAGUUGUCGGUUCCUUUAGAGCACAAUAGUAGAAGUGUUGAUUCUACUGCCUUCACUAGAGAUACUAAUGAAAGUACGCGUAGUUCAUCCUCAAAUGGCAGUUUAGACGACGAAUUUACGAAAUUAAAAUAUGAAAGAGAGAAGAAAAGAAAAGAAAAGGCUUUACAAAAACUUAGCAGAAGUAUAAGUAAUCGGGUAACUACAGAUUCAUCUUCACUUGACAUGAAUGACACGGAGAUGCUUCUAAGUGAAUUAGCAAGUACUUCUCGUCGUUAUUUACAUCCAUCAGACUGCGAGGAAAAAGAACAGCAACCUAAUUCCAAUUAAUUAUUUAUCUUCGCUACGUAAUGGUUAAUUAUUAAUCAAUUCUUAUUUCUGC